AUGCGCUUCUCGACACUCGUUCCCGCAGUGCUUGCGGCGCUCUCCUCCUCGCCGUCGGCGCAGGCCCUAAACAUCCUGCUGAACAACGACGAUGGCUGGGCCAGCGCCAACAUCCGCGAGACGUACCGCCUGCUCAAAGAAGCCGGCCACAACGUCCUGAUGGUCGCGCCUGUCGUCGACAACUCGGGCCAAGGAGGCAGGGCUGUCUUCUCCUCGUCGGCCACCCUCGUCACCGACGGCGAAUUCUCGUCCGUCGCCGCCGGCGCGCCCGCGCUGGGCUCCGACCCGGCCGACUCGCACAUCUGGUACUACAACGGCACGCCGGCCGCCUGCACCUUCGUCGCGCUCGACUACGUCAUGCCGCGCGUGUGGCCCAACGUGACGUUGCCGGACCUGCUCGUCGCCGGGCCCAACGUGGGGCAGAACCUGGGGUCCUUCCUGUACACGCUUUCGGGCACCAUGGGUGCGACGUACGCCGCCGUCGGCCGCGGCGUGCCGGCGAUAGCCAUCUCGGCGAGCAGCGUGGGCGGGCAGAGGAGUUACGAGUGGAUUAAUGAGACGACGGCGAGUGGGUAUGCGGAUCCGGCGACGGUGCAUGCCGAGUUGACGGUGAAGUUGGUGGAGCAGUUGGUGAAGGGGACGAAGAAGGGAGAGAGGGUGUUGCCGUUGGGGUAUGGGCUUAACGUCAACUUCCCCACCAUCACCUCCUUCACCAACGACUCAUGCGUCGACCCGCCCUUCAUCCUCACCCGCCUGACUGGCGGCGCCCUCUCCGACAUCGCCGUCUACAACGAAACCACCAAGCUCUUCCGCUACGGUGACAUUGUCGGCCCCGGCGUCAACAUCUGCAUCAACGGCGACUGCAGUCUGCCCGGCGAGACCGAAGUCGUCGACGGCAAGAGCUGCCGCAGCGCCGUCAGCGUCUUCACUGUCGACUAUGAUGCUCCCAUUGGUAAGAACACGACGAGCGUUCAGCAUAAGCUGGCGCCGCUCGUGCAGGAUGGGAGGGCGUUGAGGAAGAGGGAGAGUGUGGGCAAGGCGGAGAUGCGGCCGUAUCCUUGGAGGCAUGAGUAG